UUUUUUUUAUUUCUUUAAAAUACUACAACAAUAAAUAUAUAUGAAUUUUUCGUUUAAAUUGAAAAAAUUUAAGUGCAAAUAGUAGAGUUGAGUUGAACGAAAAUUGCUAGAAUGGCGAAAAGGCGUAAGUCCAAAUCAAAAAAGACAGGCGCUAAGCACCCACCAAAAAUUGAAAAGGAAUACAUAAUACUGACACCAGACGAACAGCAAAUGCGUGAUGCGAAAUAUGCAAUGCGAUUGGCUGAUUUACGAUCCUGUCUUUCAUUUAUCGAUGACGCAUUUAUGAAAGUAGAAGAAUUAAAACAGGAAGAGGAUGUGAUCUUAAAAUGGAAAACCUAUUUGCUUUGCGAUGGUUUGCCAAAACCCUAUAUACCGCCGGAAGUACGUUUGUUUUUUGAAAAACUAAAGUAUUUCGAACACUUGAAUAGGGAGAAAACAAUCGAUUGGCUGCUAUCGGUCGAUGAACGCAGUAUUUUAACACAGGACAUUUACACCAAAGAUAUGACGCGUAGGACUUUAGUUAAAGAAAUACGACCGAAUUUUGGUGAUGAGUACAAAACUAAUAUUGAUUUACUUCUAAAAGUCAUUAAAAGUAUCGAUUAUUACGCAGAUGAUGAAACAAAGAUAGCGAAUACCACAAUUCGCAUUUUGGAAGAUAUUUUAGAGCAAAAGAAAGCAGCUUAUCGUGAAAUCGAGAACUAUUUAGAUCAUUAUGCUUAUCGCAUCUUAUCAGCUGAAGAUUCCUAUAUGGAAUCUGUUGACGCUACCACCGCUGAAUAUUUUUAUGAAUGUGACAACUUUUGUAUACACAUUUGGACAUUGAAAAAUGUGCCAAUACUUUUUCAAUUUCUAGAAGACCCCUGCAUCGAGGCAAAAUUGCAUAAAAUGCAAGCUAAAAUUAUUUUGCCGUAUGGUAUUCUGAAGGAAAAUCUCACCAUAAGGGGUAUACAUUUCUUUUUCGAUCCAUUUAGCCAAAAUGCGAAGAGUUAUAAGCAAGAUAUUAGAGAAGUUGGAGAAGAUUUAACCGCUGGCAUACCGGAUCUACACGAAUGCCUAGUACAUGAGCAUUUUUUGCAAGUGGAUUUACAAAAUCAAGUGCGUACGAAAUUAAUUGAGAGGCGUGCCGAAUAUGAAAAUAAAGUGCACGCGCUAGCUGAACAAUUGGAAGCGUUAAAGAAAUCAAAAUCUAACGAUGAAGACAAGAAGAAAAAAGAACCAAAGCUUAUUAAACUGCCAAAGGAGCCACCAAUAAUAACGGAGAAUAGUUUUCCGGAUAUUUGGGAAGAUUUUUUACAAUCAGAAUAUGAACGCUUUAAUAAUUUCAUUAAUAACAUUUAUCACCCAGAUUCUUUGCAUUUGGAGCUAGAUGAGAUUAAUUUAAAAAAAUAUGCAAUACUCGGUGGCAUUUAUCAAUUUAAUUUUGUCAAAAAACCAUUACAUUAUAAUUUUAACGAUUUUAAUAUGACUUGGCAUGAGGAUGGCGGCCAGUUGGAAACCAUUAAAGAUAUCAUAGCGGAAGAAAUAUUACCUUCGAUGAGCUCUCGCGUUUCCACGCGCUCAUCACAAACUCGUUUUUCUGCCUUAUCUCGUCGUAGCAUAUCCCGAUUAACUGACGCCCAAUUAAGUCAACUCUUUAGGGUACCGCCGAAAAAUUGUGAUAGUCCAAAUUUUGUCAUAACCAUAGAAUUACCCGAAUAUUUAUGCCUCUGGGGUGAGCCAUUACCUUGUCAUUUUGAAGAUAAUUUAAUCGAUUACACGGUGGAAGAAGUGCCCACAGCUGAAACAAAUCGAACACCUAUGCCCGCAAUGCAGAGUGUUGAGGAACGGCUUAAGUCAUCGAUAAGAGAUGGUUUAAGUACUGCUUCGGUUGAUUUUUCGUUUACACCGAGACAAUCCAGUUCAAAUUUAUCUAUGCGACCAAAACAUUCCUUCUCAAAUAUAUUUCGUCCUUCGAUGACUUCACUUGUGACUGCUAUGACCACACAAGCGCAAUCCCAGGCUAGCCAAUCAAUGCAUGUACCAGUCGUCGAUGAUUUUAUGCUUGACAUGCCGUUGACACUACUUCAAAUACGAAAUAUACAACGACAUUGUUUACCACGAAUUAUUUCCUCAUUUAAAUUCCCUGUGGAGUUACAUGAAGAAGCCACCGAAGAACAACGUGGCAAGCCCAAAGGAAAAGGUGGCAUUUUACUGCGCAAGCGAUUAUCCGAUGAUAGUGAUGAGACAGAGGCAGUUAAAGAGUUUCAAUUUGAGGGUCAAAAUAAUCCCGAACGCAUCUUUCCCGUCUUAGCCGUACCCGAAAAGAUGCAUAUGGAUUAUAUAAUACAAGAAAAUGUCACAGACUCCAUAACGGUAACAGGUACAAAACAUCCGAAAAGUUUCUCAGACUUGGUACAAACACUGGAUAAUAUUCGCGCAACAUAUCAGCGGAACUAUAAGCGUACAUUACAAGUGGCUGAGAGAAAAAUGAAUGUACAGCUCUUUAGGGAACAUAGAAGGAUGCUAAUGAAAAUAAAAUCAGCGGAUUCGAUAGUGAAGGCACCGCUACCAGUGCAAUCUUCGGCUAGUAUACAAACGGCAAGAUAUAAAUCGCUUAAGCGUAAAACACGUGUGAGUGAUAUGGAUAUGCUGAAGAAUAAGGAGCGUAUUCGUUCGGAAAUAUUGCUCAAAGACGAACUCGAGAAGCAGGAUGAGUUGGAAGACUUCGAAGAAGGCGGGGAGUCCAAAGAGGCAGAGGAAGCGCCAGAACCAGAAAAGAAGUUUCAACAGAAAUCGUUUAGCUACGCACAUUGGACAACUAAAUAUAUCAAAAAAGUCGAAUAUGAAAAAGAAGAACGUAAAAUAACCAUUUGGACAGAUAGAUUAGGUACAAUUGGUUUGGCAUAUAAGCUUUACGAACAUUUUCCCUUUAAAGAUUGGAGAGUUGAGCCGGAUCCGGAAAUAGAAGGAGAAGUACUCUUCACACUGGAAACUCAAUAUGUUAUAUGCGUAAUCAAUAUCUCAGCGAAUGGCUAUCGCGGUUAUGUUGCAGAGCCAACAAAAGGUUAUGUGCGACAUCGUAAAAUUUAUAUGGACAUUAAAGAACCGAUAACGGAUUUAAAGGAAUUGAAAAAGCGCUUUCAUGAGCGGUACCUGAAUAUUUUCUCUAAUCAUGAUGCACGGUUUUAUAUAGAAAAUGGUUACUUUUCGGAAAAACAUUUGGCUUGUGAGUUACAUACGUACUCCUGCAUAGCGUUGCAUUGUUUGAUGUUGAAAUUUACGCGCUCCGAUUGGAAUCGUUUGGGUAAACGUCGUGAUAUGGUAUUGAACUUCGGUCAUGCCCGUGAUCCAUUAGAAAAUUUGAUACAGGUGCGCAUAACCCCAGAGAAUGCCACUUUCGUUGAUAUAAAAGAAUUAUGCUCGGAUGAUUUAAAUGUUUUUGUGCUGGAAUAUACAUUGACUUGGCGUAAUAUAGAUAAUUAUAACGAUUUCCAUCAUCUUAUAAUGUCUGCAUUCCUAUCGGCUAUGGAUAAUCGCUGCAGAGAUCCGAAACUUUUGGUGAACGUUAAAAAUUUGCUUUACGAAGUACGUCCGCUAAGCUACUCGUGAAAUAAUUAAAACAAACGAAUACGUUUUAUAAAUUUUAUUUUGUUUUUAAAAACUAAAUAUUGUUAUAUUUGUAAAACUGGUAGAUAUGAUCUACUGUUUUGAAGUAAAUACACAUUUUUAGAAGUAUAAAAUAA